AUGGUUGCCGCAUUGUUGGCAAAGCUGACACCGAUAACGUUCUGUUCCGAUCGUUGUCUUAAGGAGCUUUUUAAUGUGCGCCAAUCUCAGCAAUUUCAUGCGAUCAGCGGUAGUCAUUGUAAAGAUAAUACCUUGAUAUGCGAGGAAGAUGGUUCCUGUCUUGAGCCCUGCCACGAGCCUGUUCACCGAGACCCACCGGGCACGGCGUUGGUCGCUGCUACGACUCGCUCUAUCGACUUCUUCGAUGCUGCAGAUGCACGUGAUGUUAUCCGGAACGAGCUGACGAGGCUUCAGGAGGUUCGCUUUGAACCUACGUUGCCUGAAGCAAGGCGCUUUUCGGAAGACGACAGACCGCGCAUUGUGAGCUGGCUUGUCCAGGUGGUAACGGCUUUAGAACUGACGAAGGAGACGCUUCACUCAGCAGUCUCACUUGUGGACCGCUACAUAACAGCUACCGAGGCUCAUCCUCCGGAGGCUGUGUUGCAGCUGCUGGCUCUCGGUUGCCUGAGCACUGCUGCAAAGCACGAGGAGGUUGCCCAGCGCAGCUCCGAUGAGUGGGUCCGCCUCGCCGUAGAUGCUGACAGCCGCAGCAUCUACGAGCGCCUGGACUUGAAUCGCAUGGAAUGGCUGCUGCUGGAGACGGUGGAGUGGCGCAUCCGCGUCCCGAACACGCUCACCUUCAUGCGGCAGUACCAGGCCGUGCUAAUGAACCGUGGGCUAAUUCCUGGGGAUCCAGAGUCAGCGCAGCUGUUUAAGGAGCAUGCUGAGUUCAUGGCGGAGGUUUCGUUACUCUACAACGAGUUUUUGAAUUUCGGGUACAGCACUGUCGCGGUCGCAGCCCUUACGCUGGCCGCUUGGUACAGUCAGAGUGCAUCCGGAGCCGAACUGUCCACGCGUAUGCCGGCGGUGCCGGUGAUUAAGAUUGUUUCGGAUUUGGCGGCAUUUGUGGAUGUGGACGUCUCGUGCCUUGCUCCCGGUCUGGAUCGGUGCAUGGAGCUGAUGAACCAUUUGCACAGCCACGUCGUCGGACGGCACACCUGGGGAUGUAUUCCGGACUUGGGCUUGCUGGAGCCUGUCGCGACCCGCUACCCCCAAGUCUUUAAGCGCAUAGACGAGUGA